AUGGAGGCACCACCACCUCCUUACAUUUAUAAAUCUCCACCCCCACCUUCUCCAUCCCCGCCUCCUCCGUAUGUUUACAAAUCACCCCCACCCCCAUCUCCAUCUCCACCGCCUCCAUACAUUUACAAAUCUCCUCCACUACCAUCACCAUCUCCACCACCUCCUUAUGUCUAUAAGUCUCCCCCUCCACUGUCUCCAUCUCCACCUCCUCCAUAUGUUUACAAAUCUCCUCCACCACCGUCACCAUCUCCACCACCUCCUUAUGUCUAUAAGUCUCCCCCACCACCAUCACCAUCCCCACCACCUCCUUACAUCUAUAAAUCUCCCCCUCCACCAUCUCCAUUGCCACCUCCUCCAUAUGUUUACAAAUCACCGCCUCCACCAUCUCCAUCUCCACCACCUCCUUAUGUUUAUAAGUCUCCCCCUCCUCCAUCUCCAUCUUCUCCACCUCCAUAUGUUUACAAAUCUCCUCCACCACCUUCACCAUCUCCACCACCUCCUUACAUCUAUAAGUCUCCCCCUCCUCCAUCCCCAUCACCACCUCCUCCAUAUGUUUACUAA